CACAUGGUGCACAGUAGAUUGAUCAGUUGCAAGCAAAGCCCCAAUUAUCCAAGUGACGAACUAACAGUCUCUGGCUCCACCCCAAAACAUCAAGAAGUUCACCACUCCCGAAAACACAGAGACAUCCAAAACAUUAGAGGAUAUUCCUGUUCUCUUUACUCGCAGCAACACGCCCCAAACAGCCAAACAAUUGAAAAACCACCCACCUCAACAAUCAUGUCUUUCACAGUUCUCCCCGCCCUGAUCCCAGACAUCACCAAUGUCUACAACGCCUACUUCGCGGCGUUCGCGCAAGACCCCAUCACCCGCGCCCUCUUCCCAGACACAAAGCCAGAAGACAUGACAAACCCAGAAUCCGAAUUCCGCAAAUCACACACCACCCACACCCUCUCAUACUGGCACACGUCCUCGACGCAAUACACCCUAAAAUGUACCACCACCCCCACGCCAACAACAUCCACCACAAUCGGCAUGGCUCUUUUAGACAUCUACACUACACCCUCGGACUGGACUCCUCCGACCUCUCUCCCCUGGCUCGCCGAACCCCACCACACCCGCGCGUUGACCCUGCUUUCGCCUCUUUGGAAUCUGCGCGAGCGCCUCUGGAAAAACGAGCGCUAUGUAUACGUUCACGUCAUGGCCGUGCAUCCGGGCUUCCAGAGAAAGGGUGUGGGCAAGUUGUUGAUGGCGGAGGCAAUGCGGGUUGCGAGACAGGCGGGCCUGCCUGUUUAUCUGGAGGCGACCAAGGUGGGGAGGGGGUUGUACGAGGGGUUAGGGUUCCGGAGGGUUAAGGGGGGUGUGGUGAAGCGGGAGAAAGGAGUUUUACCGGAUGAGUUGGAAGGAGAGGAGGAGGCGGAGGUUGUGGCGAUGGUUUGGGUUCCGGAGGGGGUGGAAAAUGGGUUGCCUAAGGCGGUGGAGUUAGAGUAGAUGCGCCUU